AUGCGGGGUAAUCGCCUGGCGCGGUCUGGGGACCCAAUGAAGACCCGCUCACAGCGUCGAAAGGAACGCCGAGAGAGGAUUAGUAGGACAAACCGUGCACAGCGAGAGAGGCGGCGCAUCGGACGCUUCGUCGCGCGGAAGUGCGUGAGGGAGGAGGACCAACACAUGACAGCCAUUAUGGAGUCGUACGCUAAGCGCCGCAAGGCAGAGCGGGACGCUGAACGAGCGGCGCAGCAGCAACAAGAGCAAGAGGAGAUGGAGGAGGGGGGAAAAGAAGGGGUAGUGCAUCAUGGUGGGCAGAAGGUGGGGCAGCUUUCGCGAGUGACGGCGAAGCAAUCGUUACAGUGUCAUCCAGCGCGAGGCGCGCCUUCCAAUGACAGGAAGCUGGUAAGACGCGGGCAACCGAAGGUGAUGACACGCUCGCUGUACUAA